UAUGCCCUCACUCUACGCCUUCCCUUCUCCAUCUCUCCGCUCCCUCCCCACCCCCCAACCGCGGAGCAGAGCCACUUUGACUUUGGAGGCCAAAGUCAGUAAAAAGGAGCUCCACUCCAACCACCACGGGACCAUGGAGACCUCAGAAAAAGAACAGCAAGAAGCAAUUGAACAUACUGAUGAAGUACAAAAUGAAAUAGACAGACUUAAUGAACAAAUCAGUGAGGAGAUUUUGAAACUAGAACAGAAAUAUAACAAACUCCGCCAACCAUUUUUUCAGAAGAGGUCAGAAUUGAUGGCCCAAAUCCCCAAUUUUUGGGUGACAACAUUUGUCAACCAUCCACAAGUGUCUGCACUGCUUGGGGAGGAGGAUGAAGAGGCGAUGCAUUAUUUGACAAGAGUUGAAGUGACAGAAUUUGAAGAUAUUAAAUCAGGUUUUUAUUUUGAUGAAAAUCCUUACUUCGAAAAUAAAGUUCUCUCUAAAGAAUUGCAUCUGAAUGAGAGUGGUGAUCCAUCCUCAAAGUCCACUGAAAUCAAAUGGAAAUCUGGAAAGGAUUUGACGAAAUGUUCAAGUCAAACAUAGAAUAAAGCCAGCAGGAAGAGGCAGCAGGAGGAACCAGAGAGCUUCUUCACUUGGUUUACUGACCAUUCUGAUGCAGGUGCAGAUGACUUAGGAGAGGUCAUCAAAGAUGAUAUUUGGCUAAAUCCAUUACAGUACUACUUGGUUCCCGAUAUGGAUGAUGAAGAUACCUGAUUUAUUUAUUUUUAAUUAUGUUUUUUGUGCUGUUGAUGUCAUAUAUAAGAAACCAUUGUCUAAGUUAAGGUCACAAAGAUUUAUGCUUAUGUUCUCUUCUAAGGGUUUUAUAGUUUUGUUUCUUACACUUAGGUCUGUGAUUCAUUUUGAGUUAAUUUUUGUAUAUGGUGAGAGUUCAGCUUUAUUCUCUUGCAAGUGGUAUCCUGUUCUCCCAGUACAAUUUGUUGAAAAUUUGAUUUUUUUCCCCAUCAAAUUAUCUUGGUGCCAUUCUAAAAAUCAAAUGACGAUAAUAUAUGGGCUUAUUUCUGGAGUUUCAAUUCUAUUCCAUUGACUUGUGUGUAUAUCCUUUGCCAGUACCAUCCUGUUUUGAUUAUUAUAGACUUGUACUAAGAUUUGAAAUCAAGAAGUGUAAUUCCUCCAUCUUUGUUCUUCUUUGACAAGAUUAUUUUCGUUAUUCUAGGUUCCUUGUAAUGCUAUUAUGUAUUUGAAAGUCUACUUUUUCAUUUAUUCAUAAAAGGUAAUUAAGCUUUUGGUAGAGAUUGCAUUGAAUCUGUAGAUCUCUUUGAGAAAUAUUGCCGUUUUAACAAUUUAAUCCUCCAAUCUAUGAAUAUGGAAUGUCUUUCUAUUUACUUAGGUCUUUACUGUAUUUCAAUAAUUCUCUGUAAUUUCAGAGUAUAAGAUUUACACUUUUUUGUUAAAUGUCUUCCUAAGUAUUUUUUUGAUGAUACUGUAAAUAGAAUUUUUCCUUAAUUUCCUUUUCAGAUUGUUUGUCAUCGGUAUAUAUAAACACUACUGGUUUUGUGUGUUGAUCUUAUACCCUGCAGCUUUGAAUUCAUUUAUUACUUCUGGUACCUUUCUUGUGGAUUUUUUAAUGAUUUCCUAUGUGUAAGAUCCUGUUGCCUGCAAAUAGAGAUGGAUUCAUUUCUCCCUUUCCAAUCUGGAUACUUUUGAUUUCAUGGGUUUUUUUUUGCCUAAUUGUCCUGUCCGGAACCGCCAAUACAAUGUUGACUAGAAGUGGUGAAAGCAGGCAUCUUUGUCUUGUUCCUGUUCAUAAGAGGAAAGCAUUCAUUCUUUUGCCAGCAACCAUAAUGUUAGCUGUGGGUUUUUCUUAUAUGUCCU